UUUGUAUGCGCUCAUUUCCAAUUGAUAGUCAGUCGCCAAGCGGGUAAUAAGAGACUGGGGAUGAAAAACCACAAUAAAAAGGAUUUGAUUUUUAAAUAUGCAGAAACAAGAAAAAAGACGCGAAUUGCGUCUAAAACGAUUUUGGCGUUCGCCAAAGACAACAUCAUCCGAAGAUUCUACCGGAUACGAAAGUCCUACACGUGCAAAGGCCACAAAUGAUGCUCAACGUUUUAAUCAUCUGCACUACACCAGUCUGGCCCAAACAGCACCCAGCCAUGAGGCCGACAGCGAAGGUGGUGGCGUGGCAAAGGUCAAAGCAGCUAUAGUGGGCGGUGGUAACUUAAACAAUAAACCUACAUGUUCGCUGCCUCUGCUGCAAGUGUGGCCCAGUCAGGAUUCUCCCCGGGGUGAGGCUGAUGGCCAAUCAUUUAUUUUCCCUGCCAUAGCCGAGACAAGCACCAGCAGCAGCAGUGGUGGUGGCAACAGUACCAGCACUAGUGUGGGGACUACACUGACUACCAGCACAUCGGGCAAUAGCAGCAACAGCACAUCGGGCAAUCAUUUGACUUUGAAUACGGUAGGAGACCGACGCAAUUCACUGUUCUGUGAUACUUUGCAUGCGGGAGAUUCGGGUAUUGACUCGGUGCAGGCAUCGCCAUCGCCUAAUGCUCUGCCACCACCACCGGGCUCCGCUUUGAUGAGUAUUAGUGGUAAUGGGCCCACAAUUGUCGAUUGUGGAGCCAUUAGUUCCAGUAAUGUUUCACCUGCCACCACCCCCACACAAGGAUCACCCAAUUUAUCCCUUAGAGGCCAUAGGAUGGGAGCACGAGCCAGCAUUAGUAUAGGUGCACCGAAUUAUCGCCGCAAAUCCAGUGCUCUUCUACAUCCCGAUCAUGCCAGAUUGUUUGCUUUGCGCAUGAAACACUCGGCGGCUCUGGAGCGAGCCCAGACAUCGCCCGAUCAAACUUCGAUCGAGGAUGCGACUGAGUUCCAUGACAAUGGUCUGGCUAUGAAUUUGCGUCUCUGUUCUGCCUCGUCGUCGACGACGUCGUCGCUUACCUCCGUGGCCGCCGUUAGCUUAGGCGGAGGUGUGACCGCACACCAGUCCUCCUCCUCUGCGGCUGCAGCAGCAGCCUUAGCAGCGGCCGCUGGUGCGGGGGCGCAGCAGCGAGUCUCCGAUCCUUGGCUACAGCCGCAAUCAGAUCGCGAACGUGAUUCACGUCACGAACGUCGUCGCUCCUCGACCAUGACUGCCCGUUACUCCCUCUUCGAUGCGUUGGAUUUGGAAUAUGCACUGCUGCGCGCAGCGGCACGCGGUUCGGUGGGUCCCUAUUCGCUAAGUGAGUCCAUACACAAAUUAACCUUCACACAAUCUCUAGCGUUUCCGGCUUUAGCACGCGGCCUGGCUUCCAAACGAAGACGUUCCAAUACGCGCAUGAGUUCGCGUCCUCUCAAUCCCAAUGAAUCCGGUCUGAAUACCUGCGCCAAAGUGAUAACUGCUGUCAUCUUAGUGGCCAUUUCAUUUAUGGUAUUUCUCAUAGUCUACAAGUUUGUGCGUACGUGAGGUUUACUCCUGGCCCCGACAGAAUUUCCCGUCACAUAUCAAAAUGCUUAUUCACUAACAUCCACAAGUGUACUAACGGGAAAUAAUGCCUCAAAGCCAUUGUCGGGGUUCAGGAGAGUAUUGGGUUUAAAGGAUAGAAAUUAGUAACCAACAAAACAAAAAAUAUGCACAAAA